AUGUCCGUUGAGGGCUCCGACAACACCAGUGCUGGCAAGAAGGCCAAGACUGAAGGCUUAGGCAAGGAUACUGCUGUAUGUACUUGUGGUCAUGAGGCCGCAGCAAGGGACAAGAUGGACAAGACUGAUGUGCCAUACUGCAAGAUCCACCCCACCAAGGGCCAUGAUCUCCAAGAAUGCCGGCAAGUUGAGCAGCUUGCCGAGAAGCAGAAGCAAGAGUAUGAGAAGCGCGACAAGGAGAAAGGACAAGAUGGUGCCGGCGGGUCCGGCAAGAAGAACCGUGGUGGUCGUGGAGGUCACCGCGGCAAGGCCAAGCAGCAGAAGGAGAAACCUGCUAGAGGUUGUGAUAAGGAGGACGAGGAUGAUGAUGAUGAGGACGAAGAGGAGUCCGAGGGCCAAGAAUUCCAAAAGGCAACAGAAGCCAUGUGCAUUAAUGGAGGUGCAUCUCUGCAGUCCUCUCACCGGCAUCUCAAGUAG